ACACGCGCGAGUUAGAACUUUCUCCUUCUGCACCAUCGUUCCCAAUUUGCUGGCCUUUCUUUCUCUCUCUAGACCGAGCAGGAUGCAGGCCAUUUCCAGGCGAUUAGGGCACCAAUCUUUCAAGUCCAAUGCUGCAAUUUCCUCCUUUAAAUCCAUCUACCCACUCUACGAUCAAUGUUAUGGUGCUGAUCAUCCGCGGUACGCAUCUACCCUCACCACCAAAGGCGUGGGACAUCUAGUUCGCAAAGGCACAGGUGGAAGAUCAUCCGUUAGUGGCAUUAUUGCUACAGUGUUUGGAGCUACUGGGUUUCUUGGGCGUUAUGUUGUGCAACAGCUUGCUAAAAUGGGGACUCAAGUGUUGGUUCCUUUCCGAGGUUCUGAGGAUUCUCAUCGUCAUCUAAAAUUGAUGGGUGAUUUAGGACAGAUAGUUCCAAUGAAAUACAACCCAAGAGAUGAAAAUUCAAUCAAGGCAGUAAUGGCAAAGGCUAAUGUUGUCAUCAAUCUGAUCGGAAGGGAAUAUGAGACUAGAAAUUAUAGCUUUGAGGAGGUGAAUUAUCAUAUGGCUGAACAACUUGCAAUGAUUGCCAACGAACAUGGUGGUAUCAUGAGAUUUAUACAAGUUUCUUGCUUAGGUUCAUCUCCAUCAUCUCCAUCCAGAAUGCUAAGAGCUAAAGCUGCUGCUGAGGAAGCUAUUUUGCGAGAAAUACCUGAGGCCACAAUAAUGAAACCGGCAGUGAUGGUAGGUACAGAAGAUCGGAUUUUAAAUCCGUGGGCACAUUUUGUUAAAAAAUAUAGCUUCCUUCCACUUAUUGGGGGUGGAUCUACCAAAAUUCAACCUGUGUAUGUUGUUGAUGUUGCUGCUGCAAUCAUUGCGGCCUUAAAAGAUGAUGGCACAAGCAUGGGAAAAGUAUAUGAACUCGGUGGACCAGAUGUCUUUACUUUGCAUCAACUGGGAGAGCUUAUGUACGACAUGAUCCGUGAAUGGCCUCACUAUGUGAAAGUUCCUUUCCCUAUAGCUAAGGCGAUUUCAACGCCCCGAGAAAUAUUGCUCAACAAAGUUCCCUUUCCGUUACCUACUCCUAGCAUGUUCAAUCUGGAUAUGAUCAACGCCCUUGCUACAGAUACAGUUGUGUCAGCAGAUGCUCUAACUUUUGCUGAUCUGGGAAUUGUGCCUCGUAAGCUGAAGGGAUAUCCUGUCGAGUUUCUUAUCUCAUAUCGUAAGGGUGGGCCAAAUUAUGGUUCUACUGUCAGUGAAAGAGUUUCUCCAGAGUCAUAUCCAUAAGAUUCUUUGGGUCUUUAAUUUUGAAUGUUCUAUCCGAAAUUGACACCCAACUGGAAGCGUAUGUAUUGCACACUACGAAGAUUCCGAGUACAGAACUUGAAUGUCAUAUUCUUGACAAAGAGUGUGUAAUUACCAUUUAUGUCAGUAAUUGAGUUUUAAUAAUGUUUUGGAUCUGUUAUGCAACAGAAAUAACAAUUGUAGGUUUUUGUGUUAACCAAUUUAGUUUUCAAACUAUUGGUUUUCAGAGGGUGCCUGUUUUCGUUGAGAAGAGUAAGAAAGAAUAAAGACAUGAAGAGUUACUUCAAUAAUAACAUUAUUGUAUAACUCUGAAAAAUAUUCUGUUCUCGUUGUUCGAGAAAAGAUGCAAGUGGUUUGUUUUGGAUGGUUCUCAAGUCUUGAUUUUAGUACUUGUAGGGGAACCAAUUGUAUUUGUUUCCAUGACUUGUCCGCAUUUGUAUUAUUUCUAUUUGGUAACGUGAAAUAUAAUAUCUCGCCCUUUUUAUUGAUUA